UCGUUAGAAAAGGACUUGAAGGGCGAACUGACCGGCAAGUUUGAGGACUUGGUCCUGGCCAGCUUGAUGGAUCCCGCAGAAGUGCAAGCCAAAGCCUGUUUAGACGCAAUAGACCGCCUCGGUACCAAGGAGAUGACCCUGAUCCAGGUCCUUGUACCCUCAACCAACGCUGAACUGGCUCAAAUCCGAGAGGCCUACAAGUGCAUGUUCAACCGAGAUCUGGAGAAGGAUAUCAAGGGAGACACCAGCGGGGACUUUGAGCGCGUUCUGGUCUCUAUGCUUCAGGGUUGUCGUGAGGAGUCACUGGUGGCGAAUCCACAACAGGCUGCAGCAGAUGCUGACACACUCUACCAUGCCGGAGAAAAGCGCAUCGGUACGGAUGAGGCUGCAUUUACAUGUAUCCUUACGCAACGCAGUUUCGCACAAAUUCGGGAGAUAGCAAAAUGUUAUCAGCAGAAAUAUGGGAAGCCGCUCAAAAAGGUUGUUAAGAAGGAGACGUCUGGCUACUUCGAGAAGACUUUCGUAGCAAUCCUUAAAUACGCCGAGGACAAGAAUAAGUUGUUUGCAAAGUGGUUCCACGAAACUAUGGCUGGCGCAGGCACCAACGACGAUGACCUCAUUAGGCUUGUACUCGUCCGUUCAGAGUUGGAUCUGGAAGACAUCAAACGGGCAUAUCAGGCCAAGUACAAAAAGAGUCUUGCAAAGGCCAUUGAAGGAGACACGUCGGGUGACUAUAAACGCAUGCUUCUGGCCCUCGUCAACUGA